AAAGUCAAAUACUUAACUACUUGUCCUUCCGCUAUUUAAUCCUCAUCACUCCAAAAUAUUUCUUAUAAGCUUCCCUGCGUUCAUUUCAUCACUCUGUAAAUCCCUACUCCAAAAAAAUUCUACUGCAAAAAAAAGGAAUGGCAGGGGGAACCAACGAUUUCAGUAUCCAAAUCUCGGAUGCUGCCGAAAAUGCAGUUAUCUUACUGAAUUCCCAAAUAGGAUCUUCACUUCCUCAAUCUACAGAGCCUCAGAAUCUUGGAGACAGAGAUCCAUCGUUCUCAACUUCCAGUAAGCCCCCGUUGAAUAACCUGAUUCAAAGAAAGUCACAAACCAGCUCUCCAUCUUCAAAGCCCCUUAGAGCUACGCCGCCAACGGAUGAUUCGGAGCCAACUUCCAAGAGAAAGGAGUUGCUUGUAUCACCAGGACCCAACAAGGAGGAGGAAACCCAGAAAGAAGGUAUGAAGUCAUGGGAAAAGUUCAUCAUUUCUAUGGAGACAACUGCAUUCGCGUGCGUUAUGGGUUUUUUUAUUGCCAGCAUGACGACAGAUAGAUUGAAGAAUUCUAUGAUUUGGGGUUUGGAAAUAUGGAAAUGGUGUUUGCUAAUAUUGGCUAUUCUCUGCGGUAGAUUGACUGCUUACCUGAUCACAAAUGUUCUGAUGUCCUUGAUCUGGAAGUUAUGGCUCGAUGAGAGAGUUCUUUACUUUGCUCAUGGAGUGAAGAAGAGUGUUCUGUUCUUUAUUUGGUUAGCUUUGGUUACUUUAGCUUGGGGUUUGCUGUUUAAUCAUGGGGAUAAGAGAACGGUUACUAGAGGUCUCGCAGGUUGCCUCAUUGGAGCUACAUUAUGGCUACUGAAAACUUUGUUAGUUAAGUUAAUAGGUUCUGUCCAUGCCACGAAAUUGUUUUCCAAGAUUAAAGAAGCAAUACGUUAUCGGAAGGUUGUAAGGGCUCUUUCAGCAAUGGAGAUGAGGAACACGAAUUCUGAGAUGCAGAAACAAGAGAAGGAUUCUGCGGAGACCAUGAGAGAAUUAAUGGAUGCGAUUCGUGGAAAGAGGCUUUUUCCUAUUUCCUAUAUCCGCUUUGAUAUUGGUGAGGGCAAACAUACAGUUGAAAAUAUCACUGAUGAGGCUGGAGCAAAGAUAGCUUCCGAUGAGAUUUUCACCAAACUUGCAGACACAGAUGGGUACAUGGACUUCAAAAAGCUAUUGAACUUUGUGGAUGAUGAGAAAGUGAUUCAGCAUUUCGAAGGGGUAGCAGAAGAUAAACAGAACACCGCAGGAGUUGAACAGAACAAUACAGAACAAGAAAAACAGAUCAAGAAAUCAGUUUUCAGGAACUGGGUGGUUGACAUUUACAAAGACCACGACUCACUGAAUAACACCUUACAACAUAGCAAAACAGCUAUUGACGAGUUGAACAUGAUUGCUUCUGUGAUAGUACUGAUUGUAGUAGCAGUUGUGUGGUUGCUUUUCAUGGAAGUUCUAUCCACCAAAUUACUCCUCUUCAUGUCUUCUCAACUAUUGCUAGUGGCUUUCAUGUUCGGUAACACUGUCAAGAAAGUUUUUGAAGCUGUAAUAUUUGUGUUUGUGGUUCAUGCCUUCGAUGUUGGUGAUCGUUGUGUUAUUGAUGGUUUGCAGAUGGUCGUUGAUGAGAUGAAUAUAUUGACUACAACGUUUUUGAGAUAUGAUGGUGAGAAGAUAUACUAUCCAAAUUCAAUUUUAGCUUUGAAGCCCAUCAGCAAUCUCUACAGGAGCCCACCAAUGAGUGAAUGUGUAGAGUUUGCUAUUAGUCUUCGUACCUCAAUGGAGAUUAUCAACGAUCUGCAAGAUAAUAUAAAAAGGUAUUUGGAGAGUAAUCCGAGGAGGUGGCGUGCUGAACACAGUUUACAGUUCAAGGAGAUUGAGGAUGUGAAUAAGAUGAAGGUAGCUCUCUUUGUUAAUCACACCAUAAACUUUCAUUAUUUUGCAAAGAGGGCCAAGCGGAGAUCAGAGCUAGUGCUACAGAUGAAACAAAUUUUUGAAGAGCUUAAGAUUGAAUAUAAUCUUCUGCCCCAACAAGUUAACCUGAGCUAUACUGCCUCUGCACCAUCAGCACCUCCAAUUCCUGUGCGGCGAUCUUAAGAUUGGAGAUCAAAAUAUUCACGUUACGGUGCUGAAAAUGAUUUUAAUAUCAUUGAAUUGCAGCUUCAUAUAUUUUUUUUUCCUCUCUUGUUGCAGCAGAAUUAUAUAUCGUCCUUCAGUUUUCAAUGGAUUUUUGUCAUCUGGCUGUUGGCUGUGUUUA